AUGGGGGCUAAGAAUAUAAUCUUUGCAAUAUCUCUUACAAUCGCCAUAACCAUCAUCGUACUGGUCUCCACGGUGUCUGUUAACAACAACAAAACAGAAACACAUAUGGAAACGCAUACGCUCAUCAUUACGAAGAAGCCUCAUAGGGUGAGCCGUUUCUUGGCGCAGAACGGGAAAAACGGUCGUAACCCUAACGCUGCGGAUCAUUGCAAUAAGGACGAGGAGAUAUGCAAGAGUCAAGGAACAUACAACAACUCAACAAUGUCGUGUUGUAGCAACAAAUGUGUUGAUGUGGCGUACGACAAUGAUAACUGCGGCGCAUGCAAGAACCAAUGCAAGUUCUCGCAGACUUGUUGUAGAGGAGAGUGCGUUUACUUAGCUUAUGAUAAGAGGCAUUGUGGAGAGUGUAACCGUAGUUGUUUGGUUGGUGAGUUUUGUGUCUAUGGGUUGUGUAAUUACGCGUGAUAUACGUUAUUAGUUUUCUAUAUUCAACUUUGGUA